AUAUAUAUAAGGACGGGAAGGUCUUCACUCCGUCAAACCAGAGAUUCUGCAACAACAUGGGUAUCAGAUCCAGAGCUACAUGCGUGACAGCGAGGAUACCAGCGGUGACGAUCUUAGUCUAUCUGUUGCAGUUACAGUUGCUUCAAUGUUACACCGGUGCGGAUGGGUACCUGACGAGCGGGGUGUGUGACGAUGAUUACCAGUGCAUACGUGCGCUGGGGGAGCCUGCGUGCUGCGCGCCGUGGGGGCGGUCAAUCCCCAUCCCCGUGUGUAAGGCGCUGGGAAAACAAGGGGAGCCCUGUCAUGUGGCCAGCAACAGGAUGCCGUACCCGCUGGGGAGGAACCGGAUGUUCUGGCGCUGUCCCUGCGGAGAGAACCUCACCUGUGUCACCAGCGGACUGUCCCGUAUCGGCGUGUGCAUACACAGCAUGUAACGAUUACCCUCAGACACAUAUUCACAGAUGCUUAUCGCUUGUAGAAGAUGUUAUGACCUAGCAUUAGGAAUUGAACUCCUGGACUGUUAGAAAGCAAUAACAAAUGGCUUCACUUAACGAAGAUGUUUGCUUUAUGUGUAGUAAAUUUCCGUACUUUUUACUUUACCCAAGGAGGCUGUAUUACCAUAGUAGGUUCUUCAUUUGUAGAAUAGCAGGAAAUCUUGUAUCGCAUUGAUGCUGUAUUUAUCAUGCAUUAAAUUUACAUUUCUGCAAA